GACACAGCCUAGCGAUUAAUUAAAAUGGCUCCAAUUCAACGUGUUUUCGCUAACUCACUCGUCAGAGGCGUACGCCUUAACAACACCCUAGGAGCACGAUUCCUAUCACAGGUGCCAAGCUUCCAAAGGAACGAUCUAAACAAGACAAAUGCAGAAAUGCCCAGGUCAUACUACCUCCACCAACCAACUGUACAAAACACUUUGUUGACCAAUUUCGCCAACAGGGGAAGUAUGAACAGUCUCGCACCAUUCAACAACAAAUUCGGUGCAAGGUACGAUGGAGGAAUCGCUACCCUUGGUGCCGCUGUUGCACUCAUGUCAGUAGGAGGUGUUGCACAAGGUAUCGGUAACCUAUUCGCCGCAUUGGUCUCCGGAACUGCACGCAACCCAUCUAUCAAAGAUGAUCUCUUCACAUACACACUUAUUGGUAUGGGUUUCCUAGAGUUCCUUGGUAUUAUUUGUGUACUCAUGAGUGCCAUUAUGAUGUACUCUUAAACUGAACAUUCGAUGUCAUGCUGGACGAAACGAAGCGUAUGAUUUAGUAAUAACAAAAUCUCUAAAGGGAG